AUGUCUUCCAACAACAACACCCCUAACAACAGCAACACUGACGCACGAGGUCAGCAACACGCGCAGGAUAUGGAGAUCGGCUGUAUCAACGCAAGCGUCCUCCUCCUCCAGGAUAGUUACAAUGUCCUACAAGCUGAGAAUGUGAUGAUGCGACAGCAGUUGGCAUCAAUGUCAACUUACUUGGCACAACAGCAGCAACAGCCUACGUCUAUGGCAGCACCUGAUGUUGACAGACGAAGAGUGGAGGAAGUGCUUGCCCAAAUCCACGCUCGUCAUAGCCGGUUUUCGUCCGAGUCUGGUUAUCGUUUGGACGAGGACUUUAGGUCUGCGCACAAUAAGCUGGUCACAAAGAUCAUCAUUGACCACUGCAACGGCGAGGGGGACAGAGGUUGUGUUCUGGGGGACAAGGCCUUACGGGCUAAAGUGCACCAGUACUUUUGUGGCCAGAGGGAUGUCGCAAAGCGUAGCCCUAAGCAAAGAGCUGCGAUUACCCUACGCAGUAAGCGCGGCAAACGAGUAUGGCAGAAAGCCAAAGAGCGCAAGGUCGCUCAUACAAGGUAUUUGGCCUCUUUGGAUGGGCGGUACCUGCAUGGUGAGCGCCUUCUGCGUCGUGAGUGUAUGUCGCCAGAGCUCUCGGACGGUGAGGCAUCAGGCGUGCUUCGCCUUUGCAAGCCGUCGUUUCGAAACAGCAAGGUCGAUGAGUUCUUUCGUGAGUUGGAUGUCUUGAUCGACAAUGGAAAAAAAAAGAAAGUGGAGAAAAAGGAGAGACGCCCUGGCCCGGUCUUUGAAGCUGUGCUUGAAGAAAAGGUGUUGGAUAAUUUGCCCGCUUGGGCUAAAUAA